CCUUUCUGAAUUCGGAAAGAGUUAGGGUUUUGUGACUCUGGCUUCUGGAGAACGUUCCUUAGGGUUUGUGUUAAAAGGUUUAUUGGGUUAUUAUUGUUAGAUCUGUAAUUAUGUUGAUCUUCCCCAAUUAGUAAAAUUAGGGUUUCGAAGAAGGAGGGAAAGAAGUAAUAUUUAUGUUUUUUUUUUUUGUGAAAUUUCGAUGAGGAUAAAGUCUUCCCUUUAUUCUCUUCAAUUUUCUUGAUGGCCCGUACGAAGCAAACUGCUCGCAAGUCUACUGGAGGCAAGGCUCCCAGGAAGCAACUCGCUACCAAGGCUGCCCGUAAGUCUGCCCCCACCACUGGUGGAGUCAAGAAGCCCCAUCGCUACCGUCCUGGUACUGUUGCCCUUCGUGAAAUCCGUAAGUAUCAGAAGAGUACUGAGCUCUUGAUCAGGAAGUUACCAUUCCAGAGGCUUGUCCGUGAAAUUGCACAAGACUUCAAGACUGAUUUGCGUUUCCAGAGUCACGCAGUGCUGGCUCUUCAGGAGGCUGCCGAGGCUUACCUCGUGGGUCUCUUCGAGGACACCAACCUCUGUGCGAUUCAUGCCAAGCGGGUUACCAUCAUGCCCAAGGAUAUCCAGCUGGCUAGGCGGAUCAGGGGUGAGCGUGCUUAAGAUAUGUGCCUCGAAUGGUGGGGGCAUGAGUUGUGGCUGCGCACGAUGGAACGAAUUCAAUAUGCCGUGGUGGUUGAUGGGAGGGAGAUGUGUAUGUGUUUGUUAUUGCUAUUAAAUUCUGUUAGGGUAGCUGCUAUAGGUUUUUAGGUCUAAUAUUGAGUUGUCGAUAUAUAUAUGGUUAACAGGCAAAGACCUUAUACAAUGAUGAUGCCUUGGGCCGGUGCCAAUGGGUGUUCUUUGUUUUCAAUGAACGAUGGAUGUCGAAGGGGAAAGCGGGGGUGUUUAGCUGUUAUGUUUUUUUUUUCUUUUUGUUUUUUGGGAUGCGUGCAGCCACAUUGUUUGUUGAACAGCUUAUAUUUCAUCUAAUCUAGUGUUAGUUUCUU